AUGGCGUCCAGUAAACGGCCGCCUGAAGAUGAUUCAAAGCUGCCCACCUAUCGACUUGUGGUUAUAGGAGAUGGAGGAGUGGGGAAGAGUUCGCUCACCAUUCAAUUCUUCCAGAAGCAGUUUCUGGACUACUAUGAUCCUACGAUUGAGGACCAAUACAUCCAACAUUGUGAAGUUGAUGGGAAUUGGGUAAUUAUGGAUGUGUUGGACACUGCCGGCCAAGAAGAAUUCUCAGCAAUGCGAGAGCAAUAUAUGCGAAAUGGUCGAGGAUUCCUCCUAGUGUAUUCGGUGACCGAAAGGAAAAGUUUCGACGAGGCUGUGAAGCUGUACAGACAGGUGCUACGCGUCAAAGAUCGAACCGAGUAUCCAGUUUUAUUAGUAGCUAAUAAGAUCGACUUGACGAACCAGCGAGUGGUGACCGAAGCGGAAGGGAGGAAUCUUGCUGCAAGCCUUAAGUUACCGUAUAUAGAAACUUCUGCUAAGGAUCCUCCUGUGAAUGUGGAUGCAGCUUUUCACGAGUUAGUACGGAUCGUUAAAAGUUUCCCCAGUGAUGAGGACGAGGAGGAGAACAGCAACGGAGUUUCACCAAAUCGAACGAAAGCAAAGAAAAAGAAGGUGAAACAGAAAUGUGUGUUGAUGUGA